GAUCCCCCCGGACCGGGGCACGAACCCGCGUCCCCUGCAUCGGCAGGCGGACGCGCAACCACUGCGCCACCAGGGAGGCCCUAGAAACACUUCUAAACGCCAUAGCCCAGGAUAACAAUGCACCGUCGCAACACUUUGCAAACCUGAGUACUAACCGAUCGGUCAGUCCCAACAGGACAGCAAGGACCCCAAUCUGUACACAGAACGGUUACAAAAACCCAGGCACACAGAGGCUUUUCUCCAUGGAAGGACCAUUUCUAACCUGCCCCUUUUCAUAUAGAGAAAGGAAGUGAAGCCCUUUGGGAAACAUUAAACGUGGAUUUUACCGUUGGGGACAGUCAUUUCACUGCUGCAUCCCACGUCCCUGAAAAUGAAUUGAAAUAAGCGAAGGAAAGAGGUGCUGCCGGGAGACCUGGCCUCUCGGCCUUGAAGGCGAGGUCGUCCCCGGCUGGCACGAGGCCAGGGUACCGUCCAGAACAAGCCCUUGGGAGCGCUGAAUGCCUUGGGAGGGUUGGGGGGACCCGCGCAGGGGUUCGGUCAGCGCUUCCAGCAGGGCCCCGCGUCGGCGCGCACGUUUGCCGGGGUGCCCCACCCCAAGUGUUGAUUGUGUGCUACGGACUGGGCGCGCUGCUCAGGUGAAUAUACCCCUCUUUACUAGAGAACGCGUUCCAGGUGUUCUGCGCGCUACACGGCUAACCCGACGGCAGAAGAGCGCGAACUGCCCGGACGAGAAGAUGGACUGGGGCACGUUGCAGACGAUCUUGGGGGGCGUGAACAAGCACUCCACCAGCAUCGGGAAGAUCUGGCUCACCGUGAUCUUCAUCUUCCGCGUCAUGAUCCUGGUGGUGGCCGCGAAGGAGGUCUGGGGCGACGAGCAGGCCGACUUCGUGUGCAACACGCUGCAGCCCGGGUGCAAGAACGUGUGCUACGACCACUACUUCCCCGUGUCCCACAUCCGGCUCUGGGCGCUGCAGCUUAUCUUCGUGUCCACGCCGGCCCUGCUGGUGGCCAUGCACGUGGCCCACUACAGACACGAGAAGAAAAGGAAAUUCAUGAAGGGAGAGAUAAAGAGUGAAUUUAAGGACAUCGAAGAGAUCAAGAGCCAGAAGGUGCGAAUCGAAGGGUCGCUGUGGUGGACCUACACCGGCAGCAUCUUCUUCCGGGUCAUCUUUGAGGCCGCCUUCAUGUACGUCUUCUACGUCAUGUACGACGGCUUCGCCAUGCAGCGCCUGGUGAAAUGCAACGCGUGGCCUUGCCCUAACACGGUGGACUGCUUCGUGUCCAGGCCAACGGAGAAGACGGUCUUCACGGUUUUCAUGAUCGCCGUGUCUGGGAUUUGCAUCCUGCUUAAUGUCACUGAAUUGUGUUACUUGCUGAUUAGAUAUUGUUCCGGAAAGUCCAAAAAACCAGUGUAACACAGUAGCCAGCUUUAGAUAAAAGAGAGCGUGAGAGGAUGGGGCAGUCAGUGCUCAGCUGUGGGGCACAGUCACCCGCGUCUCCCAGGUCCAGCGUCUCGUCUUCAAGGCCACCUUUGCCCCCCUGUAGAUCUCACCUGCGACCCCAGGUGCCCCCAGAGGCUGCACUCCUGCGAGUGUCCGAGCCUCUGCUUCCCUUCUCUGAAAUCGGUCCUGUGAGGCCCGAGCCAGCGGGGGUGACAGUGCCAACAGUACUUCCCUGUUUCAGACAAAGGUUACGGCGUUUGUCUUCCUUUCUUUGAGGAAAGGAGAGAAACGCCAGGGCCUGAAGACCACGCUGAGAAGGUCUGGUUGAUCCCCUUAGGGCUACCUUUGCCAUUUCCCUUGAAUUAAAGGUAAACGUGAGAAUACUGGCUUUUUUAUUUGCUUUGACGUUUUAGUCUUUAACAAUGGACGAGGUUACCUAAUGCUUCAAACUCUGUUAUACUUUUUUAAGUGAAAAUUUUAAAUAAGAUAUGUUCUUUUGAUCUACAAGGAACCAUUCAUUAUAUGUUCCUCUAAUUUCGAAGGCUCAGAUUAUGACAUGUAAACGGUGUAUAAUUAGAUGCUCUCAGUGAAUUUAAAUGUGGCCUUUCAGGUAUGAAUGGUUUGCAGUGCCACCAAGAGGCUGUCCGUUGUAUGAAUUCUGUGUGCUACAUGGAAGCAUUUCAGCUUCUCUCAAGUGAAACAAACUAGAAGUCCUUAGUGAUGGCUUUUAAUAGCAAACGGCCUCAUUUCAAAAGCUUAGAUGUGAUUUUGUAUGAGAAAUACAGAUUGGAUGUACCACCAGCUACUACCAACGGUGGGUUGCCUCAAGACACCCUCAUUUCCCCUACGACGUUGCCUUUGCCACUCCCAUGGUCCACGGGAAGAAUACUGACUUAAAGAGAUUGCUUGGGAGUAUUUUAUUGCCACAGUACAAUUUUUUUUUUUUUUUUUUUUUUUGCGGUACGCGGGCCUCUCCCUGUUGUGGCCUCUCCCGUCGCGGAGCAUAGGCUCCGGACGCGCAGGCUCAGCGGCCACGGCUCACGGCCCCAGCUGCUCCGCGGCACGUGGGAUCCUCCCAGACCGGGGCACGAACCCGCGUCCCCUGCAUCGGCAGGCUGACUCUCAACCACUGUGCCACCAGGGAAGCCCCCACAGUACAAUUUAAUGGUGCAGAACAAAAUGGCAAAAUUGGGGGGGGGUAGUUACUGUUUCUAAAGAACAGAGGGAAAGCCUAGAUCCUAAAUUCUGACAAUUAAAAAUGAGUUUCAUCUACUUCAAAGGUUUGUUUGCUUCCCUUUUCAGCAUCCAGGUUUUUUAAGUGAAAACAGAAUUAAUAGACACUUUUUAAAAAUACAAACUCGGGUUUAGGUAACUAUUUAGCAGUUCUAUAGGACAAAUCGAAUCCUAAUAUUAUCAUGACGCUUGACAUGGUUUCCAAAAAAUGGUACUCAACAUACUUCGAUGAGAGUAAAGAUUUUCCUGUUGCCAAGAAUAGCAUUAUAAAAACAUUUUGUAAUAAGAAAUAAUAGCUUUAAUUACAUACUUGUAACUAAAAUAAUUUUGUCAUAUCAAGUCAUUUAAAUA